AUGAAUAAACAACAUCAACUUAGUAUAACUAGACAUAAAGUUCUAAUAUUUAUAAAUAGAGCAAAACUAUUUACUGAAGGAACAUGUACUGUAACUGGAAAUAAUAUCGAUGGACAAUGUUCAACAUAUGAAUGUGCUACUUAUAAUAGUGAAAUCUGGUGGUAUCCAUAUUGGGGACCGGUUUACUUCUUUCGUGAUGUCAGUGGUGAUGAUUCCUCUUAUAAUAAUGGUGAGUCCGAUGGUGAUUCCGAUGUGACCGGUGCUUACAGUGAUGGUUAUGAUGGUGGCGGUGAUGGUGAUGGCACUUUCGAUGAUGGUGGAGGUGAAGAUGACGGUGGAGGUGAAGACGACGGUGGUGAUAUCGGUGGAGAGAUCUCCAUUGAAGGAUUUGCAGAGCGAAUCGAUCCAUUGGCGAAUAGCAAAUCAACAACCGGUGGAUCGUUAGGUACCGCCGAAGUAAAAUCUGUAUCAAACAAGUUAAGAUCGAAUUUGAAAGGAAAAGAACGAGCUGUUGAUCAAUGGAGUAGCUAUUCAGAAGCAAAUUGUGAAACAAACUAUUGUUUUCAAGGUUAUAGUUAUGUGGUGUUACAGGAAUCCACUAUACAACCCUAUACUCUAAUACCAGGAUUAUGGUCGAAAAAUCUUGAAUGGGUACAGUCAUACACCGAUAAAUAUACGACCAACGACACUUUUACUUGUUAUUACAUGAAGGAUAAUCCUCAGAAUGUUAUGUGGUUUAAACCUCCUGCAUACGAUAGGAAAUCAAUGAUAUUCUUUUGUAUUCCUCUAUCAUUAUCUGUCGUAUCAGUAGGUUUCUUUUUCUUUUUCAUUAUUAGAAUGAAAAGAGUGGAUAAUGAAUAUAAUUCAAAGAACAAUGUAAAGACAUCACCAAAAACACCAUUAUUAAAGGAACAAGCACAAACUCAACCAAAAUUAAAUCAACCAACAACUACAACUAAAAGCAAUAGUGGUGCCACUUUGACAAAUUCAAAAUCAAAUACCACUGCAACUCCUACUCCCAAUCUACCCAAAAAUCAAACAAAAUCAGUGAAUAAUGUAUAA